UACGCCUCGAGACCGGACCCCUAUGUAAAAGCCUCAGCUCACCAGCUAAUGCAAUCUUACACGCGCAUCUUCUGUUGUUUCUCUCCCUAUAUUCACCGUUUCCUACGAAACUCUUUACGACUCUCUCUCUCUCUCUCUCAAAAGAACCUCUUCUACAGUGUGUGUGCAAUGCUCAAGGAAAGACGGGUUUUGCCGGUUUCGAGCAACAACAGAGGCAGGGUAUCGCCUUACCCGCUUCGCUCUUGUCGGAGCAAGAAACAAAAAGAAGCCGAGUCAUCAUCAUCACCUCUGGAGUCAGAGAGUGUGAGUGAAUGGGAGGACGUCAGGUGUGUGAUCUGCAUGGAGCCGCCACACAAUGCCGUCCUCUUGCAGUGCUCUUCCUUCUCCAAAGGAUGCCGUGCUUACAUGUGCGACACAAGCGCCCGCCACUCCAACUGCUUCAAGCAGUACCGCAGAAACAACGACAAGAGCACAAGCCGCUGCUGCAGUCUCAAGGCCCUUAACUGUCCCUACUGCAGAGGAGAGGUUUACGGGACGGUGAAGUCUACGUGCGCGCGGAGAUUCAUGAACGCGAGACCCAGGUGCUGUUCUAUGGACAAGUGUGGUUUCUCUGGGACCUAUUCUCAGCUGAAGAGUCACUUGAAAGCUGAGCAUCCGGGUUUUACACCUCCGAAAGUGGACCCUUUGGAGAAACGCAAGUGGGAUGAGUUGGAAAGAGCGGAGUUUAUCGAGAUGAUCAACGCUCGUCAUAGAUGGGAAUCGGAACAGAGAUCUCUCUAUCAGCUUCCACACCACCAUCCCUUGAUCGAUCUCAACUUUGAUGCUUUCAUGCACAAUCUUUUUGCUGGUGUAAGGGGCCAAGCAAGUGGUGACAAUACUCGCAUGCCCCGAUUAGAGUUCCAUGGUACCAGAGGGACUCCGUGAUGAUUAUUCCAAGUGCCAAGUGUAUGAUGAAAUUCAAUCCAAGUUUUGAUUUUUAUCCAUACUGUACUCUCAAAGUGUUGUAGGUUUUUAUAGUGACAUCAGCUCUUGUUAUAGGCAUACCUUACAUUGUUUGUAUUUAUGUUUCAGUUAGUCAAGUGUUUCAUAGAUGUGA